AUGAGAACGGCUAUCAGGGACACAAAUGUUAUACUUAAUACAGCCAUUACACCUGGAAUAGUUCUGGUUCCAUCCAGUCUAAUCAUUCUAAAGAAUCCCGUUCCUGGAUAUAAUAAUAUUCUUGUAAAUGCUUCUUAUAAUAUGAAGCGUGGAGUUAACACUAAGGUGAAUUAUGUUGGUGGUAAGCAAGUUGAUCCUCCAAAGAAACAGCACCAAGACACUACACCUGUUCACCACCUUGAUACUAUUCACGGAACUAAAAAAGUUCCAGGAGGUUCUACAGGUGCUGAGACUCAAGUUGUUCCUAUCACGGGGAAUAGUGUGGUUAGUACUAAUGAGUCUUCAGGAGUCAGUGCUAUUGCUGGAGCUGGAAUUGGUGCUAUAGUUGUAUUCAUUCUAAUGAAAGUUGUCCUGUAAACAUUAUGUAUUCUAUAAAAUGGCUCUCUAUAGAGGAUACAAUAAAGGAGUAAAUAAAGUUGACCCAUCAAGUGGUAGUGUGUUUGAUAAGGAUGAAUUUACCAUGAAGGGUGACAUUGAGAUGGAUGGUAAUGAGGUGAAAGGUCUGGGUGCACCUACAGAUGAUACUUCUGCGACCACAAGAAAGUGGGUGGAUGAUGAGAUCAUUAAACGAGCUGCCCUUACAAUUCAACCAGCAGGGUUCACAAUGACUGGGGAUAUUGACAUGGGAGGUAAUAAGAUAACUAAUCUUGAUAAUCCUACUAAUCCAGGUGAUGCUGCUAGUAAAAGUUGGGUUGAAGGUAGUCGUAGGCAUAUACAUGUAAGCCUACCCGGACUUAUUCUUACAAAUGAUCUCAAUAUGUCAACCAAUGAAAUAAAGGCUUUAGGUGAUCCCACAACUGGAAAGUCUGCUGUUAGUAAGGACUGGGUAGUUAGUGAGCUAAAUAAACCUGUAUCUGGUGAUAUUGAUAUGAAAGACCAUGAAAUUAAGAAUCUUAAGGAUCCCUCUGAGGAUCAGUCAGCUGUCACAAAAAAGUGGGCGGUUGAUAAUAACUUUGUUAAAAAAGGUGGAACUAUGCAAGGAGAUGUUUCCAUGGGAGGCUGGAGACUAUUUGAUAUUAUUGACCCUAAACUUAGUAGUGAAGCUGUAUCUAAAGGUUGGGUUGAGAGUAAGCUGUCUACAAUUCCCAGUUCCUCAGGUUUUACAAUGUCAGGUGAUCUUCAAAUGGGUGGACAUGAAAUUAAGAAUGUCGGUAACCCCACUACUGACCAAUCUGUUGUUACAAGAGGGUGGUUUGACUCAGAUAGGGGAACAUUUUUAAGGCUAAGUGACUCUUUCCUAUUACAGAGUGUAACCGGGCCUAUUAGCUUCUCUAAGGCCCCUAAAAGUUUCUCAGAUGGGUUAGAUUCAGCCAGUCUUGUAAGAUUUAGCCAGCUAGUUACCUAUCUUAAACUAAACGGUCUAAGUGAAAUGACUGGUAAUCUUAAGAUGGGUGGAAAUGAAAUUGAAAAUAUCAGUAAUCCUAGUGUUGAUACAUCUGCUGUUUCCAUGGGGUGGGUAAAAAAUAAUGUUGUCACACGUGCUGGUGGUUCUAGAAACAAUAUGACCGGUACCCUGUGGAUGAAAGGUAACAGAAUACGUGAACUCGGAAAUCCUGAGUAUCUAACAGACGCCGUAAAUAGAGGGUGGGUUGAAAAUAAGAUCUCUGGAGGUAGACGUAAACGUGAGACUUAUAGUGGUCUUACGCUGUCUGAUGACCUUGAUAUGGGAAACAAUGAAAUAAUAAAGUUAGGUGCUCCUACUACUGAUAAUUCUGCUGUGUCUAAGAAAUGGGUCACGGAUCAUGUCAGCGUGAGUUCUACGAGUAGUAGUGGACUUACUAUGAGCGGUAAUAUUGACAUGGGUGGUAAUAGUAUUACGGGGCUAAAUAGUGGCUCGGUUGGGGAUUCUAGUGCAGUUUCUUACGGAACUAUGAGCAAUUGGUGUAAACAGUUCCUGAAACGUGAUGGUGGUGUUUUAGCAAGCAAUCUAGAUGUUAACGAUUUCAAGUUAACUAGAGUGGGAAAUCCUACUACGGACGGGUCGGCUGUUAAUAAAAGGUGGGCAACUGAUGAGUUCAUGAGUAGUAGAGGUGGACUAGUAAAGGGUGAUUUGGACAUGGGAGAUUCAAGUGGUAUUCUAGAUCUAAAGGAUCCUGUAAAUGAUAAGGAUGCUGUUAACAAACAAUGGGUAGAAAGGAAUUUCCUUAAACCUUCCACUGGACUUGUACAAGCAGUGGCCGAUAAGAGAUACGUAAGAAUAAACCGUCAUAUUCACGCUGAGUGGAUCUGGGGUUACCGUGCUGUUUCAGUUGCAGCAACAAGGUACUAUGCUUACUGUCACGACCACAUUCCACCUUCAUGGAGAACAGAUCCUAUUAAUAAUAUGGCAGACCUCAACCUUGAGUCGAUUACUAUUAAAUCAGACUUUCCAACCUUUUCAACCAUUCUAAAUAUACCACUAGCUCUAAUUCUAUGGGCUACUGUAUGGGAAAAACAAUCUAAUGGAAAAUUUACCCAGGUUAAGAAGGAAAUCGCUCUGAGAACAAUAGACUUAAGAAGACAGUCAUACACAUGGUUUAAUGGGACUUACACAACUACAGGUGGAAGUACAGCUUGCUAUGUUUUCAAGGGUAAUAGUAUGUUCUAUUUAGGAAACCAGGUCGAGUUGGUAGAUAACACGCUGGCUUGGUGUAUUAUAGUUAAACCUGAACACUCAAAGCCCACUGGAUCGAGUAUGGAUAUGUCCUUUUGCUGGUCACUUCGAUAUUCAGGGUCAGGUAUUUAACAUGUGUUUUAUCAUAAGGUAAGAUGUCAAGAUGGAGGUCAUGUUUCUCCUGGUUAGGUAAGAUUUGUGGUUGUCGUAAGAGUUCUGGUAAGAAUGGAAAGGUUGGUGAUAUAAAUUUCUCUGUAUCAAAUAAUAUUAACGUUGACGUCAACACACAGAAUAAUAAAGACGAUUCAAGUAAUGUGUUUGACCCUAAGAGCUUCGGCCCUUUGAGUAUAAUUAAAUAUGAUAAUAAAGAUUAAAAUAAUACAUAAAAAAAUGAGGUAAAAAGACCACGGAAAAAAAUGGUCUAGAAAAAUGAGCCCGCGUUUUUUGGGGGAAAAUUUGGGAAACCGCUGACCGGAAGUGGGGUGAGAUCGCAGGCUGAAAAAGUGGUCUAGAACCGCUACUUCCUAUACUACUGAGGACAAGGUUCCUGGUGGUGAGGACAAGGUUCCUGGCGGUGAGGACAAGGUUCCUGGUGGUGAGGACAAGGUUCCUGGCGGUGAGGACAAGGUUCCUGGCUGUGAGGACGAGGUUCCUGGCGGUGAGGGCAAGGUUCCUGGAGGUGAGGACAAGGUUCCUGGCGGUGAGGACAAGGUUCCUGGCGGUGAGGACAAGGUUGCUGGCAGUGAGGACAAGGUUCCUGCCGGCGAGGACAAGGUAUCUGGCGGUGAGGACAAGGUUCCUGGCUCUGAGGACAAGGUUACUGGCGGUGAGGAAAAGGUUCCUGGCUGUGAGGACGAGGUUCCUGGCGGUGAGGACAAGGUUCCUAGCGGUGAGGACAAGGUUCCUGGCGGUGAGGACGAGGUUCCUGGCGGUGAGGACGAGGUUCCUGGCGGUGAGGACAAAGUUCCGGCCGGUGAGGACAAGGUUCCUGGCGGAGAGGACAAGAUUCCUGGCGGUGAGGACAAGGUUCCUGCCGGUGAGGACAAGGUUCCUGGCUGUGAGGACGAGGUUCCUGGCGGUGAGGGCAAGGUUCCUGGAGGUGAGGACAAGGUUCCUGGCGGUGAGGACAAGGUUCCUGGCGGUGAGGACAAGGUCCUGGCGGUGAGGACAAGGUUGCUGGCAGUGAAGACAAGGUUCCUGGCGGUGAGGACGAGGUUCCUGCCGGUGAGGACGAGGUUCCUGGCUGUGAGGACGAGGUUCCUGGAGGUGACGACAAGGUUCCUGGCGGUGAGGACAAGGUUACUGGCAGUGAGGACAGGUUUCCUGCCGGUGAGGACAAGGUUCCUGGCUGUGAGGACGAGGUUCCUGGCGGUGAGGGCAAGGUUCCUGGAGGUGAGGACAAGGUUCCUGGCGGUGAGGACAAGGUUUCUGGCGGUGAGGACAAGGUUGCUGGCGGUGAGGACAAGGUUCCUGCCGGUGAGGACAAGGUUCCUGCUGGUGAAGACGAGGUUCCUGCCGGUGAGGACAAGGUUCCUGGCUGUGACGAUAAGGUUCCUGGCGGUGAGGACAAGGUUCCUGGCGGUGAGGACAAGGUUCCUGCCGGUGAGGACAAGGUUCCUGGCUGCGAGGACGAGGUUCCUGGUGGUGAGGGCAAGGUUCCUGGAGGUGAGGACAAGGUUCCUGGAGGUGAGGACAAGGUUCCUGGCGGUGAGGACAAGGUUACUGGCAGUGAGAACAAGGUUCCUGCCGGUGAGGACAAGGUAUCUGGCGGUGACGACAAGGUUCCUGGCUGUGAGGACAAGGUUAAUGGCGGUGAGGAAAAGGUUCCUGGCUGUGAGGACGAGGUUCCCGGCGGUGAGGACAAGGUUCCUGGCGGUGAGGACGAGGUUCCUGGCGGUGAGGACGAGGUUCCUGGCGGUGAGGACAAGGUUCCGGCCGGUGAGGACAAGGUUCCUGGCGGUGAGGGCAAGGUUCCUUACGGUGAGGACAAGGUUCCUGGUGGUGAGGACAAGGUUCCUGGCGGUGAGGACAGGGUUCCUGGCUGUGAGGACGAGGUUUCUGGCGGUGAGGGCAAGGUUCCUGGCGGUGAGGCCAAGGUUCCUGGCGGAGAGGACAAGGUUCCUGGCGGAGAGGACAAGGUUCCUGCCAGUGAGGACAAGGUCCCUGGCGGUGAGGACAAGGUUCCUGCCGGUGAGGACAAGGUUCCUAGCUGUGAGGACGAGGUUCCUGGCGGUGAGGGCAAGGAUCCGGGAGGUAAGGACAAGGUUCCUGGAGGUAAGGACAAGGUUCCUGGCGGCGAGGACAAGCUUACUGGCAGUGAGGACAAGGUUCCUGCCGGUGAGGACAAGGUUCCUGGCGGUGAGGACAAGGUUCGUGGUGGUGAGAACGAGGUCCCUGGCGGUGACGGCAAGGUUCCUGGAGGUGAGGACAAGGUUCCUGGUGGUGAGGACAAGGUACCGGCCGGUGAGGACAAGCUUCCUGGCUGUGAAGACGAGGUUCCUGGCGGUGAGGACAAGGUCCCUGGCGGUCAGGACGAGGUUCCUGGCGGUGAGGACAAGGUCGCUGGCAGUGAGGACAAGGUUCCUGGCGGUGAGGGCAAGGUUCCUGGCGGUGAGGGCAAGGUUCCGGCCGGUGAGGACAAGGUUCCGGCCGGUGAGGACAAGGUUCCUGGCGGUGAGGACAAGGUUCCUGGCGGUGAGGACAAGGUUCCUGGCGGUGAGGACAAGCUCCCUGGCGGUCAGGACAAGGUCCCUGGCGGUGAGGACAAGGUCCCUGGCAGUGAGGACAAGGUUCCUGGCGGUGAGGACAAGGUUCCUGGCGGUGAGGACAAGGUUCCGGCCGGUGAGGACAAGGUUCCUGGCGGUGAGGACAAGGUUCCUGGCGGUGAGGACAAGGUUGCUGGCGGUGAGGACAAGGUUCCUGGCGGUGAGGACAAGGUACCUGGCGGUGAGGACAAGGUUCCUGGCUGUGACGACAAGGUUCCUGGCGGUGAGGACAAGAUUCCUAGCGGUAAGGACAAGGUUCCUGACGGUGAGGACAAGGUUCCUGGCGGUGAGGACAAGGUUCCUGGCGGUGAGGACAAGGUUCCUGCCGGUGAGGACAAGGUUCCUGCCUGUGAGGACGAGGUUCCUGCCUGUGAGGACGAGGUUCCUGGCUGUGAGGACAAGGUUCCUGGCGGUGAGGUCAAGGUUACUGGCAGUGAGGACAAGUUUCCUGCCGAUGAGGACAAGGUUCCUGGCGGUGAGGACAAGGUUCCUGGCGGUGAGGACAAGGUUCCUGGCGGUGAGGACAAGGUUCCUGGCGGUGAGGACAAGGUUCCUGGCGGUGAGGACAAGGUUCCUGGCGGUGAGGACAAGGUUCCUCGCGGUGAGGACAAGGUUCCUCGCGGUGAGGACAAGGUUCCUCGCGGUGAGGACAAGGUUCCUGGCGGUGAGGACAAGGUUCCUGGCGGUGAGGACAAGGUUCCUGGCGGUGAGGACAAGGUUCCUGGCGGUGAGGACAAGGUUCCUGGCGGUGAGGACAAGGUUCCUGGCGGUGAGGACAAGGUUACUUGCGGUGAGGACAAAGUUCCUGGCGGUGAGGACAAGGUUCCUGGCGGUGAGGACAAGGUUACUUGCGGUGAGGACAAGGUUCCUGGCGGUGAGGACAAGGUUCCUGGCGGUGAGGAGAAGGUUCCUGGCGGUGAGGACAAGGUUCCCUGCGGUGAGGACAAGGUUCCCGGCGGUGAGGACAAGGUUCACGGCGGUGAGGACAAGGCUCCUGGCGGUGAGGACAAGUUUCCUGGCGGUGAGGACAAGGUUCCUGGCUGUAAGGACAAUGUUUCUGACGGUGAGGACAAGGUUCCUGGCAGUGAGGACAAGGUUCCUGGUGGUGAGCACAAGGUUCAUGGGUGUAAGGACAAGGUUCCUGGCGGUGAGGACAAGGUUCCUGGCGGUAAGGACAAGGUUUCUAGCGGUGACGACAAGGUUCCUGGCGGUGAGGACAAGGUUCCUGGUGGUGAGGACAAGGUUACUGGCUGUGAGGACAAGGUUUCUAGCGGUGAGGACAAGGUUUCUAGCGGAAAGGACAAGGUUCCUGCCCGUGAGGACAAAAUUCCGGGUGGUGAGGACCAGGUUCCUGGUGGUGAGGACAAGGUUACUGGCGGUGAGGCCAAGCUUCCUGGCGGUGAGGACAAGCUUCCCGGCGGUGAGGACAAGGUUCCUGGCGAUGAGGACAAGGUUCCAGGCAGUGAGGACAAGGUUCCUGGCGGUAAGGACAAGGUUCCUGGCGGUGAGGACAAGGUUUCAAACGGUGAGGACAACGUUCCUGGCGGUGAGAAUAAGGUUCCUGGCGGUGAGGACAAGGUUUCUAGCGGUGUGGACAAGGUUUCUUGCGGUGAGGACAAGGUUGUUGGCGGUGAAGACAAGGUUACUGGCGGUGAGGACAAGGUUCUUGGCGGUGACGACAAGGUUCUUGGCGGUGACGACAACGUUCUUGGCUGUGAGGACAAGGUUGCUGACGGUGAGGACAAGGUUUCAGGGACUCGGUUUCAGGCUAUGAGGACAAGGUUUUUGGCGGUGAGGACAAGGUUCGUGGCGGUGAGGACAAGGUUCCUGGCGGUGAGGACAAGGUUCUUGGCGGUGACGACAAGGUUCUUGGCGGUGAGGACAAUGUUCCUGCUGGUGAGGACAAGGUUCCCGGCGGUGAGGACAAGGUUCCUGGCGGUGAGGACAAGGUUCCAGGCAGUGAGGACAAGGUUCCUGGCGGUAAGGACAAGGUUCCUGGCGGUGACGACAAGGUUCCUGGCGGUGACGGCAAGGUUACUGACGGUGAGGACAAGGUUUCUAGCGGUGUGGACAAGGUUUCUUGCGGUGAGGACAAGGUUGUUGGCGGUGAAGACAAGGUUACUGGCGGUGAGGACAAGGUUUUUGGCGGUGACGACAAGGUUCUUGGCGGUGAGGACAAGACUGCUCACUGGGAGGACAAGGUUCCUGGCGGCGAGGACAACGUUCUUGGCUGUGAGGACAAGGUUGCUGACGGUGAGGACAAGGUUUCAGGCUGUGAGGACAAGGUUCCUGGCGGUGAGGACAAGGUUCUUGGCGGUGAGGAGAAUGUUCCUGGCGGUAAGGACAAGCUUCCUGGCGGUGAGGACAAGGUUGCUGGCGGUGAGGAGAAGGUUCCUGGCGGUGAGGACAAGGUUCCUGGCGGUGAGGACCAGGUUCCUGGCGGUUAG